UUUUGUCCCGUAGUGGCCCCAAUUUCCAUUGCCAAACGGUUCUUUUCCUCCGUGUAUCAUAUUGCCGAGAAAAUCCGAACUUCGAUUUUUCUCAGGAAACAAACACCACAAUCUCGACUAUUCUCACUUCAUUCUGGAUUUCGCUUCACAAAUAGCCUUUUCCGAUCAAUCACACUUCUAAUUCCACCUAUUGAAUCUCACUUUCGAUGGCCUUUCUCGUGCCUUCCGUCGAAUUCUCCUCCAUCUCUCCGGCGAAGUUUGUCCCCGCAAGUCCGAGAAAUGUUGGAAACCUAACAGUGUUGAAGAAGAAGAAUAGCAGAGGUAGGGUUAGGAUUAGGGUUUGUUCGAGGAUCAAGGAUAUGGAGGUUGGGGUUUCAAAGAUGGGGCGUAAUUUGGGGUUGUGUGUUCAAUUCUCAGCUCCGGUGACGUCGCCGCUGAGGCCGAGCAAAGAGGAUGAAGAGAAGCAAAAUUACUAUGUGAAUUUAGGUUACGCGAUUCGGACUCUGCGCGAGGAAUUCCCAAAGCUGUUUGAUAGCGAACUCAGUUUUGAUAUCUACAGGGAUGAUAUUGUCUUGAAAGAUCCAUUCAGCAGUUUUUUUGGAAUUGAGAACUAUAAGUCGAUUUUCUGGGCACUACGAUUCCAUGGCCGGAUUUUUUUCAGGGCCUUGUGGGUUGACAUCGUUAGCGUGUGGCAGCCUUCUGAGAGCAUCAUAAUGGUACGCUGGACUGUCCACGGUGAUCCACGAGUACCUUGGGAGAGCCGCGGUCGAUUUGAUGGCACUUCCGAGUACAAACUUGAUAAGAAUGGGAAGAUUUAUGAGCACAAAGUUCACAAUGUCGCUCUGAAUAGACCCCCAAAGUUUCGAGUACUGGCUGUAGAUGAACUAAUUCAAUCUAUUAGCGGUUCCUCAACGCCAAAGCCCACAUAUUUUGAGAUUUCACCCUCUUCAAUCAUGUACUCUGUUAGGCAUUACCUGACUUUGGUUUUUGCCUUUGCUCAGAGACCCGAGGCAGAAUUAUCAAGGAGAAGGUAAUAUCGCUUUAAAACUCCCAGAUUUGGUGUAUGUUGUGAAUUUUAUAGAGCUUCACACCAUAGUAUGUUUUGAAUAACUGUCUGUGUUUCGACCUCUAUCUGAAGUUGACUCGAGUACUAUUUGGCAACAUGACCUGCCCUACUCGUUGUAGUUUAUGCUGAGAGAUGCUAAGCUUUUUAGCACCAGGAAAUUUUUGUGGUGACCUUGUUAGGUGUAAUUACUGGACUGGAAUUUUCAAGCUUGGAUAUACACUAUAUGAUUGUAUAUUUUUGUAUAGUGGAAUUACAAAGUCUUAAGUUUCCUUUGGUCUUGGUAA